AUGGAGAACAAAGUGGAAAAGCCAACAGAUCUAAAGCUUGACCGAGAUUUUCCAUUGGCAGAUGACGGUAUGUUUACAAUUUUUUAAAUAUUUUUCUUUUAUGUUUAGACUCAGUACCAAAUGAAGUUGACAAUGUCGCCAAAACUCCUCGACAAGCUCAACCAUUGCCAAGGGAAGAAGUUGAAGAUACAGAGGAAAAAGCCAGGUUAAUUUCACAGAUUUUGGAGCUACAGAAUACUUUAGAAGGUUAGUUUUGAGCUUGCGGCUUUGAUAUCUAGAUAAACAUUUUCUAUAUUUGAUGAUACGUCAGAUUUUAAGCCAAUAGUGUCUGAUAUCACGACAUUUUCAAGUCUGUAGCAACAAGCAAAAUUUUUUCAGACCUCAGUAGACGUGUGGAUUCAGUAAAAGACGAAAGUUCCAAGCUCAGCGCUGAGAAUCAGGUGUUAGGGCAAUAUAUUCAAAACCUAAUGUCCACAAGUCCAAUAUUUCAGCCAGCCAACUCAAAAAUGAGCUCUUCAAUGACAAAGUAAUGGUUGCUUUAUGUUUAAGACACUUUAAGGAGCAUAUUUGUGAUCCUAUCGCUUAUUUUCACGCUUCUACUAACUUUUACGGAUUAGUUUACCUAGUAUAAUAUAACUUUCGAAUUACCUAGUAUAACAUAACAUUUGAUGGUGAAUCCGCUUACAGCUUAACAUUUGCAGGUGAUUUUGCCUGUUAUAAUGUAAAGUUUUUAGUUUUUGUAGUACUCGUAAUAUACCAUUUGGUCAUAAUAACAUUUUUAGUCAUAAUAACAAAUAUAGUCACAAUGUUUGAUUAAUCCGCGUGCUUUUACCUUUUGAUUGUAACUGUCGAUCUCCCCAUCACUUUUCUAGGCAGUAUCAAAAGUUUUUGUAGUUUUUGGAACAUCGUUUUACGAGCUUGUACUAAAACUGCACUGUGCACUUUAUAAAUUUUAGCUUUGCACGGUGCAGUUUUUGAAUUUUUACAAAUUUUAAUGUUUAAAAGGGUUGGAUAACUUUUGAUACGGCUUAAAAAUCACUUGCACUUAUGUUAUUGUUCUUUGCUUGCUGUUACGGAUGGAUUUAUGUUCGAUUUUCAUGCAUAAAUAAUAAUUCAUUGACCAGAAAGUGGAUUUUCAUACCCAAAUUUCAGUUUUUAACCGGUUUUUUUUUAUUUUUUAAAACUUUACAGUCACGUUUUAUGUUGGAAGAGGUUACUAAUGGUCUAGUAGUUCUUUAGUAUUUUAUAAAACUUACUAGAAUAAUGAAUAUGCGAAGGAAUUAAUGGAUAUACGUUUAGCUUUUCAAAAAUAAUUAUAAAGUUUAUUUUUUAAAGAUUUUUUUAUCUAAUUUUAAAAUUCAAAGGGUAAUUUUCUAUAUUGUGUUGUGUCAUUUUCAGUUCAAUGUUGGAGGAAUCGGAGGCUCACGAUGAAUAUUACUGGUAA